UUAUAUCUUUUAGUUAUUCUCGAAUUCAAGAAGUGUGAUGAGCGUCGACCGCGUCGGAAAGUGAAAUUUAAAAAUUCUGUGCUCAAGUUUAUGUCAAGAUUAAUCUCGCGAAAAAAAAAAAUAAUAUACAAAAUACAAGUCUUUUCCGUUACAAAAAUAUAUUGAUUAGCUGUGAUCAAAGCUCCUUUAAACCAGCUAAAUUAACGGAAGACAAAGUACAUAAUUAAUUAACCACGAAAUAUGAUAAAGUGGGCUUUAAUUGUGUGCAUGAUACUUGUAUCAGCUAGCUAUUCGAAUGCUUUGACAACAAUUCGAAAAGAAGUUAAAAAUGGUGACAAAGUAACAGUGACACAGUCCUUAAAGUUAAAACAACUAGAUCUCCCUGAAGCCGAAAUUGAUCCAAAUAUUGGACCAACAUUGCCAAAUGCCGAAGAGGUUGUCGCUGAAGCUGUUGAAGCUCUUCCAGAAGGAAAUGCUGAGAAACCGGUUGCGGUAGCUGAAGAGGAAACUGCACCAAUUGUAGAAGAAGCUGUUGAAGCUGUUUCGUCUAGUCCUGCUUUAACAGAAGAAACAAACCCAAUCAAUGAAGAUGAUCCUAAUCAGCUAAGCAAGUAUUGCAAAUGUUCUGAUACACACUGUGAUUGCUGCCGCAACUUCCAACUGCCAAUUUUGCCAGUUCGAGGACCAGGCUGUGCAAAGGUUACAUAUCUUGGAAAUGAAAGGAUGUCUGUUUCGAUUAAGUAUGGAGACAUUGUUUUAGCUACGAGAACUAUUUCAGGAAAGAAAGCAAAACCGAUUUGUGUAAGUUUACCAGGUGGAUUCUCCAAGUUCUGUGGUAGAGUGUAUGGCUUGUCAAAGGGAAAGGAUGACUUUAAGGCCUGUCUAGGACUUGAACUUCGCUCUGAUGAACAAGUGGAAGCUUCGAUGCGUGUAUCUUGCUUCAAAUUUGGUGCUAAGGGAUUACAAGUGGCAGAAGCAGAACCCUUGCCAGAGGUACCAAAAGAAGAAGAAGAAGAUGAUGAUAUCUUCGGUUUUGGAGCUGGUGGUGGCGAUGACGACUAUGAUGAAGAGGACGAAGAUGAUGAAGAUGAUACUGAGGACGAUGAUGAUGAUGCUGAUGUUGCUGGUGCUGGCGCUGCAGCUGCAGAUGAUGCCGACUAUGAUGGUUUCAGUUUCUUAGGAAGUGGCUUCCUAGACGAUUUGGAUGAUUCUGAAGAAACAAGCAGUAGUCCUGUUCAAGCAACAAGAAAUGAACGCAAUGACAUAGCUCAAAGCAAAGAAGGUGAAGGCACUCCACUGGUGGAAGAUGUUAGCGCCGCUGUUGAACAAUCUACAGCUGAAGGUGCAACAAAGCCAAAACCUGAUGGAACGAAAACAAAGAAAAAUAAAAAGAAGAAGAAGAAGGCUAGUGAUUCUGAUUUUGCCCUUGAUAUUCUAAAUGGAAUCUUAGAUUUUUUCAAUUAGAUAAUUUUUAUCAAGA